UAUUACAUAGCUGAAUCACAUGAACUGUUUUGCUUGAAAAUUGAUGAUUUAAAAUCGCCGGAAGUUAUCUCUUGUUUCACAAGGUCGGUGGAGUUACGUCAAAACGCGGCUGAAACAACCUUUUCGGCAGAAUGAAUUUCGGAAGGGUGGCUAAUGUUAAUGUUUUUCGCAAAAUUCGACAGCUUGAAACAUUGAUCAAGCCUGGUGGUUUACUUGUGCGAAGCUGUAAUCCAACGCAGUUUCCCAAAUCCACGUCGAGCCUCGCAAAUCUGAACCGUUCUGUGAUUCCUAACGCGAGUAAUUAUCCAAAAUGCAGUAUUCUGUCCAAGCUGUCUGCACAAUCAACAGUCAGCAUGACCCAAACUCGUGCAACAAGCGCUCAAGGCGAUCAUGUGCGCUUGUGGCUGAUAGAGAGAAUAGUGUCUGCAUCCUUUCUGUCACUAAUACCCGCCGCCUUAGUUUUAGAAAAUAAAUUUAUCGAUAUAGUACUGGCAGCUGCUAUUGUCAUGCACACACAUUGGGGAUUGGAAGCUAUCAUUGUUGAUUACGUACGACCCAUUGUGGUAGGUACAUUGGUUCCAAAAGUGGCGUUUCUUAUGCUGAAUCUACUCUCUGUUGCUACUCUCGCUGGUCUGUUCGUGCUGAUUUAUAAUGGCCCUGGUCUUACAAAAACUAUUAAAAAUGGCUGGGCAAUAGGUAAAGAUAGAUAGAAACCCGGUUAAUAUUACUACAGCAGAAAUAAUUUCAUUACAUAUAUAAAUAACUUUUUAAGAUAGUAGCUCAUAAAUUAUUCCGAAAUAAAUUAUUUACUAAUUUAGCAACUUGCUUUCUCCCUUAUGCUACCUAACU